UCACGUUUGUUAAUACUUCUAAUCAAAAUGUUUACGGUGGCACUCUGUGUAUUAUGUUCCAUACUUAAUGUUGGUUUUACUCAUGCGCAGAUAGUUGGUGUAGGAAAAUGUCCUUCUGUGGUGGCACAAAAAGAACUCGACGUAAAAGAGUAUCUCGGGGAUUGGUAUGAAAUCUACAAAUUCAAAGCUAACUUUGAAGACGGACAAGAAUGCAUAAAAGCUAAUUAUUUACUUAAGGAGGACAAACACAUUCGAGUUCUUAACGAAGGAAAGACGCCGAAUGGAGAAACGAUUUCAAUAGUUGGUGAUGGAUAUGCACCCGAUGAGAAUGAACCAGCAAAGCUAUUGGUUAAAUUUUCUGAAGCUGCUCCAUAUGGAAAUUACUGGGUGGUUGACACAGACUACAAAACAUAUACUCUUAUUUAUUCCUGUUCGGAAUUAGUCGAUAUACAUUUUGAAUUCGCAUGGAUACUGGCAAGGGAGAAAUCAAUUACAGAAGAAAUAAAAAAUAAGCUUUUCCAAGAACUCGAAGAUUUCAAAGUCAACACUAAAAAUUUCUUGAAAACCGAUCAAACAGCAUCAUACUGUGAGACCAAGUGAAAAUGCAGAACGAGCGAAACACCAUAUCUGUGACUACAUGAAAGAACUAAAGAAAUAAUUACCAUCCAUAUUUUGCGAAUAAGGGAGAGGAUUUCAUCAGUUGAAAUACCUUGUGGGCUUUCUAUUUUGUAUCUCUAAACAAAUAAAAUAAUAUUAAAUAUUCAG